UCUGAAGUAUUUGGAAUUUUUGAAAAAAAAAACGGCCACCCCGAUUGGGUCCGUCUACCCACAGUAAAAAUUUCAGCUCAAACGGAUGAAAUCUGUGGAUUUGCGGGGGGAAAACUUUUUGCAAGUUUUUGACCUUGGGGUCUCUGGAACCCCAUGAAGAUGAGGUCUGGCAAAUCUGUGCCCAUGAUAACUUUUGCUCUACUACUCGAGACCUAUCUACCCUGAAAGUUUCAGGAAUUUUCGAUUGGCCGUUUCUUAGAAACGCCGGAAAGGGGGGGAUCCCCUUAAGACGUUGUUAUCUUGAAAAGCAUAAAUCGAUAUUAUUAAUAGUUAAUGUUAAUAUAUCCUCUUUAUUGAUGAAAAUGAUAAAAAUAUUCGUAUAAGUCCAUUAUUAAUUGAAGGAAUAAUCAAUGAAAAAUAAUAUUUGAAAGAUUAAUAAAUAAUAAAGAAGAUAAAUUUUUUUGAAAGAUCAAAUGAAUAUUUAAAUAUAUAUUUAAAUGAAAAAAUUUCAAUAGAAAAAAAUAUUCGUUUUAUUAAAUUAACAUUCAUCAUCCAAUUCAUCUGAUUAUGUUGCUUUUCGAAUAAUUGAAUUUACAGAAUAAUUUCAAUCAGAUUGAAGUAUAUUAUUAGAAAUAUAACUUCUUCCACAUAUUCAUCAAUUAGUUAUUAAUACAAAACAAAUGUUAAAUCAAUUUAAAUAUUGAACAAGUCAAUCUAAUCAAAUAAUUCAUAAAUUAAUAUUAGUUGAUCUUGAUCGUAUUCUUUAUCAUGGAAAAGAUUUUUAUUUUUAUUUAAUAUCUAAUUAUGGAAAUUGUUUUUUAUUCUGGUAAUCAUGGACAAAUAUCAAUUUUAGAUAAAAUUCGUUUAUUUAUAUAUGAAAUACUGGAAACGUAGAAAAAAUGUUUUAGUUAAUGAAUAAAUUUAUUUUAAUGGGAAUUUUCGAUCUUUGUUUAUUUGACAAUUAUUUUCAACCUUAAUACCACAAAACUUUGAAAAGAGAUGUUACAACAGAAAAAAUAUAUAUCAAAUACAAAAUAAGAAAAAGGGAAAGGACGAUAAUAUAUAAUAAGAUUGCAUUAACUUGGACAUCAGUGACUUGAACAUCAUAAACGAUGGAAACAUGUAUAUCUAUGUGAAAUAUUUAAUGUAUAAGGGAUAAUUUUAAUAAAAUAAUAAUAUAAUUCAUUAGUAACAGUACCAACAUUCACAUGAUGUAUCGAUAUUAGCACCAACACCAACACCAACACCAACACUGUGUAUUGAUAAUUAGUACUAACAUUAACAUUGUGUAUUAUAUAUAUUCUUGCCCUGUUUUUUUCCUUAUUUUGUAUUUGAUAUAUAUAUUUUCUGUUGUAAUAUCUGUUUUCAAAGUUUUGUGGUAUUAAGAUUGAAAAUGAUCGUCAAAUAAACAAAGAUCGAAAAUUGUCAUUAAAAUAAAUUUAUUCACUAACUAAAACAAUUUUUCUACGUUUCCAGUAUUUCAUAUAUAAAUAUCAUUUAAAUCUUAUAUAUUCAUCUUAUUAAUACAUAAAAUUCGCUUAUUUAAUCAACUUAAAGAUACAUUUUAUAAUAAUUUAAAACAAGGAAAUUGGUUAAUGGAAUAUAUUGCGAAUAGAUUGACAAUUCUUCAAAAUACAAAACAGCGUUUUUCUUUUUUCGUUUUAAACAAAAAAUAAACGUUUAGUUAGGAAUUCAUGAUAUGAAAAUCUAUUUGAUUAUGUAUCAAGAUUAUCUCGUUUAUUAAUGAUUCCAUAUUAUUUUUAUUUAAUAUUAACUAUGGAUCAUGUAAUAUAAUAAUUGAACAUAUAGUUAGGAAUUAAUGAGUCCAUUUAUAAAUCAAUCAUCAAAUUUUCUUUGUCAACUUUCACAAUCGACUAUUCAAUUAAAUAAAUUAUCUACAUAAUGCACGUUUACCAUUAUUAUCACCUAAUUUACGUGAACCUCGUCCAUUAGAAGGAAAAGAUGAACAAACAUUUGAACUUAUUCAAUUAUGUCUAUCAUUAGCUGUAGGUUUUCCACAUAUUGCUGGUGGAAUAUGGAGAAAUUGGGGUAGAAAUACAUUUAUAUCAUUACGUGGUCUUAUUUUAUUAACUCAUAGAUAUGAACAAGCUCGUUAUUUAAUAUUAUCAUAUGAUCGAUGUCUUCGUCAUGAUUUACUUCCAAAUUUAAUUAGCUAA